AUGGCUUUCAACAAAGACUUGAAGAACUCUGCUUACUGUUCCAGAUACCAAACUCCUUUCAGAAGAAGAAGAGAAGGUAAGACCGAUUACUACCAAAGAAAGAGAUUGGUUGCUCAACACAAGGCCAAGUACAACUCUCCAAAGUACAGAUUGGUUGUUAGAUUCUCCCACAAGGACAUCACUGCCCAAAUCAUCUCUUCCCAAAUCACCGGUGAUGUUGUUCUCACUGCUGCUUACGCCCACGAAUUGCCAAGAUACGGUAUCAAGUACGGUUUGACUAACUGGUCUGCUGCUUACGCCGUUGGUCUUUUGGUUGCCAGAAGAGCCUUGAAGAAGUUGGGUUUGGACGAAACCUACGAAGGUGUCACUGAAGUUGAAGGUGAAUACGAAUUGACUGAAGCCGUCGAAGACGGUCCAAAGCCAUUCAAGGUCUUCUUGGACAUUGGUUUGCAAAGAACCACUACCGGUGGUAAGGUCUUCGGUGUCUUGAAGGGUGCUUCUGACGGUGGUUUGUACGUUCCACACUCCGAAAACAGAUUCCCAGGUUGGGACUUUGAAGCCGAAGAAUUGGACGCCGACAUGUUGAGAUCUUACAUCUUCGGUAACCACAUUUCUGACUACAUGACCGAAUUGGCCGAUGAUGAUGAAGAAAAAUACAGAGAAGUUUUCAAGAACUACAUUGCCGACGACAUUGACGCUGAUGCCAUUGAAGACAUCUACGCUGAAGCUCACGAAGCUAUCAGAGCCGACCCAGAAUUCAAGCCAACUGAAAAGAAGUUCACCAAGGAACAAUACAAGCAAAACACUCUCAAAUACAGAGACCAAAAGCUUACCAGAGAACAACGUGCUGUCAGAGUUGCCGAAAAGAUUGCCAGCUUCAAGGCCGCCAACUAA